AUGGACAAAGUCAAAGUCAACGUCGGCUCGACGGCGGACCCCAUCGUCACCCGCCUCGUCCAGGAGGACAAGGUCCCGUGGUACAAGAAGCCCAAUCUACGGCGCAUGUACAUCUUCCUCUUCCUCUGCUGCAUGGGUGUCGAGAUCACGUCGGGCUUCGACUCACAGCUCAUCAACACGCUCCAGUUUGCCCCGAGCUUCCACAAGUACCUGGGUGGCGGACGCACCGAAGGGACCAACAAGGAUGGCUCGCCAAACUACAAGAUUGAGCCCGGCCUGCUCGGCUUCGUCAACUCGUGCUACCAGCUCGGAUCCAUCUUUGCCGUUCCCGUUGCGCCGUGGUUCGCCCAGAGGUUUGGCCGCCGGUGGUCCAUCAUGCUCGGCUCCUGGAUCAUGGUCGCCGGUGCUCUCAUCCAGGGGUUCGCCCAGCACGUCGCCAUGUACAUCAUCGCCCGCAUGAUCCUCGGCGUCGGCAUCCUGUUCUGCAUCAUCUCGGGCGCCGCCCUCAUCGGCGAGCUCGGCCACCCCAAGGAGCGCGCCAUUCUCACGUCGCUGUUCAACUCGUCGUACUUUAUCGGCCAAAUCACGGCCUCGGCCAUUGCCAUUGGCACCGAGAAGAUGACCGACGACUGGGCCUGGCGUCUGCCCUCGCUGCUCCAGAUCUGCCCGUCGCUGCUGCAGAUCUGCACCGUCUUUUUCCUGCCCGAGUCGCCGCGCUACCUCAUCUCCAAGGACCGGGACGACGACGCGCGCAAGGUCCUCGUCGAGUACCACGCCGAGGGCGACGCCAACUCGGUCCUCGUGCAGGCCGAGAUGACGCAGAUCCGCGAGACCAUCCGGACCGAAAUGGAGGUGUCCAAGCAGAGCUGGAUGGAGCUGCUCACGUCGGCCGGCAUGCGCCGCCGCGUGCUCAUCACCGUCUUCAUCGGCCUCUUCACCCAAAUGUCGGGCAACACGCUGCUCAGCUACUACUCGGGCAUCCUCUUUGGCAUGAUGGGCUUCACCGAGCAGUCGGUCAAGACGCGCAUCAACGUCGCCAACGCCUGCUGGUCCCUGCUCAAUGCCACUAUCAUCGCGCUCUUUGUGACGCGCUUCCCGCGCCGCAAGAUGUACAUGCUCUCGGCCGGCCUGAUGUGCGCCGUCUUCAUCGGCAUCACCGUUUCCCUCGAGCGCAUGCAGGUGGCCAUUGACGCCAAGACGACCAACGAGUCGGCCGGUAUCUCGGGCCUGUUCUGGUACUUUGCCUUCUCGCCCUGCUACAACAUCGGCAACAACGCCCUCACCUACACGUACCUGGUCGAGCUGUGGCCCUACUCGCACCGCAGCCGCGGCAUCGGCGUCCAGCAGAUCUUUGGCAAGCUCGCCGGCUUCUUCUCGACCAACGUCAACUCGAUCGCCCUCAGCGCCAUCAAGUGGAAGUAUCUGGCCAUCUACUGCGGCUGGAUCUUUUUUGAGCUGCUCAUCAUCUUUGGCCUCUACCCUGAGACCAGCGGCCGCACCCUCGAGGAGCUUGCAUUCUUGUUCGAGGACAACAGCCUCAACGAGCGGACCACGCAGGCCGUCGAGAAGCAGAUCCACUACGGGGAUGGCGACAACGUCGAGCACAAGGAAGAGAAUGUGGUCACCGAGAAGAGCAUGGUGUAG